AUUUUCCACUUCCAAUUCUGGCAUUACGGUGAUUGGGUCGAUGUGGUAAUUGACGAUAGACUGCCGACGUCCGAUGGUAAACUGCUUUAUAUGCAUUCACGUGAGAACAACGAGUUCUGGAGUGCGCUGCUCGAGAAGGCGUACGCAAAGUUACACGGCAGCUAUGAGGCGUUAAAGGGAGGCACAACAUCAGAAGCACUUGAAGAUAUGACCGGAGGAUUGACUGAAUUCGUUGAUCUCCAUCAGCCACCUCGUAAUCUUCUGCAAAUGAUGUUCCGUGGCUUUGAAAUGGGUUCAAUGUUCGGUUGCAGUAUUGAGGCGUCACCAAUGGAAUUCGAGGCGCGUACACGUGAUGGACUUGUGAAAGGUCACGCAUACAGUAUUACCGGUAUGCGAAUGGUGGAUACCCCAGAAGGAAAGGUUCCACUGCUGAGAAUUCGUAAUCCAUGGGGCAAUGAACAAGAGUGGAAUGGCGACUGGUCGGACGAUAGUGAACUUUGGGAUGGUGUUUCGAGAAAACAGAAAAAAGAGAUGAAUUUGGUGUUGGAGAAUGACGGAGAAUUCUGGUUAGUUGGAGCACAGCCGCAACGUUUGAUCAACGUCCAAUAA